UUCACAUUUCAUAUCUUCAAUUCCACAAAACAAUAUUCAUCAACAACCCAAAUUUAUACUUCCUCAAUUAUGAACAACAACAAGAUUUUGUGUAUUCUGCUAAGGCUCGUCGCCUUAGCUGCCACUGUGGUCGCCAUUGUUGUGAUGGUGCGGAGCCACGAUUCUGCUACUGUAUUGAACUUAACGUUCACUGCAAAGUACAACAACACUCCUGCUUUCAAGUAUUUUGCUAUAAUUGAAGGAAUUGCAAGUGUUUAUACCGCCAUAGUCAUUCUUCUUUGUUCUAAAGGCAUACUUGAUCGCUUAGUUAUCAUUCUUGAUAUGGUAAUAACAGUGUUACUGACCUCGAGCAUUUCGGCUGCAUUAGCAAUAGCUGAAGUAGGAAAAAAAGGGAACAGUCAUGCCGGUUGGCUACCGGUCUGCGGACAAGUUCCGGAGUUCUGUGACCAAGCUACCAUAGCUCUCGUUGCUGGUUUCGUUGCUGCAAUUCUUUAUUUUCUUCUUCUUCUUUGCUCUCUUCAUAAGUUCCUCACUCCCAUUUUUGCUGUAAAAGAACUACCUUAAAUUUCCUGUGAUUUAUAGAUGUAGAGUGAGUUUCAAGUUUGAUGUAUACUGUGACGUGAAUUACAGAAAUAUUGAGUGAGUUAAUAGUUUAAUUAGUUUUUGAUUUUUCUAA